GGCGGGCUGAGCUCACUUCAUCAGGUCACCUCUGUCUGCAGCCUCUUCACUACCUCCUUCGGUGAAUCAUGUCUCCUGCCGCUACACCGAAGAGCAGUGUUCUGACAUUGGUGCUAAUGGUUGCCUCAGCUUCCAUUGGAGGAACUCUACAGUAUGGCUACAACCUCGCCAUCAUGAACGCUCCGACUACUUUCAUUCAAACAUUUGUCAAUGAAACCUUCCUGGAGCGCUGGGACAUCCAGCUGGAGGACUACCAGGUGACUCUAGUCUGGACAAUCAUUGUCGCCAUCUUCUCGUUGGGAGGCUUUGCGGGGGCUCUUAUCGCAGGACCUAUGACCAUACGCUACGGGAGGAAGAAAUGCCUGUUGCUGAACAACAUCUUCCUGAUGUCUGGAGCACUCUUAGCUGUGACAAGCAGAGCCGCCAAGUCUUUUGAGAUGAUCAUUAUCUCACGUGUCCUCGUUGGAAUAAAUGCCGGGAUUAGCAUGAAUGUGCAGCCCAUGUAUUUUGGAGAAAGUGCCCCAAAGCACUUAAGAGGGGCUGUGUCACUGUCAUCAGCUGUGUUCACAGCAUUUGGUGUUGUGUUGGGGCAGGUGGUCGGACUCAGAGAGAUUCUGGGCAGUGAGCCAUGUUGGCAGUAUCUACUUGCCAGUAAUGCCAUUCCUGGCUUCAUCCAGCUCCUGACCCUGCCGUGGUUCCCAGAGAGCCCCAGAUACCUGCUCAUCGACAGAGGAGACAAGGAGGCCUGCAUUAACGCUUUGAGACGGCUGGCAGGCUGUGAAGCCCUGAGCAGUGAGCUCGAAGAGAUCCAGCAGGAACAGGCUGAAACCAAAGGCAUGAGGGCUCGGCAACCCUGGGAGCUUUUUACUGAUCGCUCAGUGCGCUGGCAGCUUAUCUCCGUCAUGAUCAUCAGCAGUGCCAUGCAGCUCUGUGGCAAUGACUCGAUUUACUUCUAUGCAUCAUAUGUAUUCAAAGAGGCCGGAAUAUCUGCUGAUAAAAUCCAGUAUAUCACAAUUGGCACUGGCACAUGUGAAUUCACAGCCUGUAUAAUGUGUAACCUGCUGAUAGAGCGCAAAGGUCGGAGGUUCAUGCUGAUGGGAGGGUACAUCCUCAUGACCAUCUGGGCUGUUGUCUUCACAAUUGCUCUGUCCUUUGAGCAACAUGUAUCGUGGAUGCCGUACCUGAGCAUGGCCUGCAUCUUCACCUACAUUCUCAGCUUUGGCAUGGGACCAGCUGGAGUGACUGGUGUUCUGCCCACAGAGAUCUUUAACCAGACUGCUCGGCCAGCAGCCUACAUGAUCGCUGGCUCCAUGAUGUGGCUCAACCUUUUCAUCACGGGAAUGAUCUUUCCAUUUCUAGUGAGCGGGUUGAGUGAGUACUGCUUUUUGCCUUUCGCAGCGAUCUGCCUGUUUUCUGCGCUGUACGUCGGCCUGUUUCUGCCUGAGACCAAGGGGAAAUCUCUGUCGGCCAUCACAAGUGAAUUCCACAAGCUCAACUUCAAAGGCCAGGACGAAAAGCAAACUAAAGCUCAGUAUCAGCUGGGUGAAGUGUGUCAUUCCACAGCCUUGUAGACAGACUUUUUAUCCUGAAAUGCACACGGUCACAUCCACUGUACGCCUCACUCUGACCUGACCUGCUUGAGCUGGAAGACGGCCUGUACGUGGCAGUGUCACUUUAACAGCACUGGAAGAAACUUGGAUCUGUUUUUACUCCUUUAUCUUGAGUUUGUUUUACCUUUUACAUCUUCACUUAAGUUUUGCUACGUGAUAAUCAUGAGACAAAACUAAUUAAGUCUGCUGUAUACUGGCAGUGGAUGAGUCAGCUGCUACCUCUGAAAACACAUAAAGAUGUAUCUAGGUAUAAAAAACCCACUUCAGCCUAGCAAAUGAACAGUAAUACAUUUUAUUAAGAUUUUAUAAUUUUAUCUCUAUUUCUUAGAAUAAAGUUGUCAAUCAUGUUACCAGUGUUUUUAACAACAUGUCCUUGCUGUAUCCUCUCAUUUGGGAGGUAAAAGGUCAGAGGAAGCUGCACAGCAGGCCUUCCAAUUAAAUGACCAACAGAGUACUGAGGUCUUUGCUGUGUGGCAGAUGAUGGACCAAAUCAAAGAGAAUGUAUUAAAGCUGGGGUAGGCAGAAAUCUGGAAAAAAAAACAAAAACUCUUUCCCGUCUCUGUCAUAAGCCCCUCUCACCAGACGACCAAGGACAGAUGCAUAGGCUUCACACAGUGACCCAGAGUUAUCCAUGCACUGAUUUAUUUAAGCUUAAUUCAUUGUAGAGCUGCGUUCAGCACAUUCGCCCAGCCCUUCCUCACCUUGUUGUUUUUCUCUGCUACUCAGACCACAGAGAGACAACAAUCAGCUAACUAGCCACCCCAACGUCCCUUUGCCUCAUUCUCUGCCCCUGUUGACUGCUCCCCCUGGAGGAGAGCUGGGUGAUGGACUAGCGCAAAUCCCCAGUGCUGUUUGUCAAAGCAGGGUGGCAAGGAGUCGGGGCUGUCUGGUUCCCUGGGACUGGGGGUUAUGCUGACUGAAAUUGAGUUGCUGCGGCUGCUCGAUGGGGGUCUAUCUCCAGAGCUGCUGCCUGCUCUCCUCCCAACAAGGUGGUAGCAGCGGGGAGUGAGGUUGGAGGACACACUGUGAUUCGAGGCUCUAGCUAAUGUUAACUACAUAAAUGUGAACUUAAAGCUGCAGCCAUGAGCCUCAGGGUGCUUUCAGACCUAGAGUUUGCUUGGUUUCAUCCGAAUCAGGGACUAAUGUUGUUACAGAGUUGCAUAAUUGCCUAGAGUUGGUUUGUGUUCUCACGGCAGCAUUUACAAGCAGACCAGAUCAAAUGCCUUGUGUGAGAAAGCUGCUCUUGACUGGUCAGAAUUUCCAUGUGGGAAAAAUCCUGGAAGUAAACAAAACGUUGAAGAAGAGUACACAUGCAAGAUAAAUGCGACACUUUCUAAUGUCACAAAGGAGGGACAACUACGCAGGUUGGUUUUAGCGCUGGUCAUCGUGGACUAUAUUGCUAUCAUUGUUCAUUGUAUUCAAACCAUACAGUUUGAAAACGAGGCGUGGCUCCAACUAGAAAACAAUGUUUUGAUGCAUUGCAUGUGCUGAAUGUGCAUAUUAAGGAAGUACAGGAGGAGGUGCACAUUAAUGAUCCUCCAGGACUGUGACAUUCUCUUGUUUAACCCAAACAAUAUGUCACGUGACUGCAGUUGGUUCGGAUCGAGGCCUCUCUCUGAAAUGACCUGUGAUUGGCCUAAGUCUCCCAUCACAGCCUAGAUUUUCCAAAGUCUAAAAACAGAGCCAAGAGGAAGAGCAGAAGUCUAGUUUUCUCACAGUCCACUUGAAUUAUAAUAUGCUCAAAGUUUAUUAAGGGAUUUCUGCCCCGUGACGCCAAAACUAAACUGCCUACCACAUCUUUAAGAUAAAAACAAAGUCUUAAUUUGCACCUUAUUAAAUAUAAACUGUGUGCGUCAGUGUGCACACCAGUCAUUAAAAGAAAAGAUACCGUGAUGAUGAGCAUUUAUGCAUUAAAUGACUGAAUCUGCAGUUGUUACAUGAGUGGAAUAUGUGAAGCUGUUUAUGUUGAAUAGUAAUGUCUUUGUUUGAAUGAUCUA